CUCUGGUCAUCUCCUGUACUAUGUCUGCAGUCUCUGGUCAUCUCCUGUACUGUGUGUUCGCAGUCUCUGGUCACCUCCUGUACUGUGUCCGCAGUCUCUGGUCAUCCCCUGUACUGUGUCCGCAGUCUCUGGUCAUCCCCUGUACUGUGUCUGCAGUUUCUGGUCAUCUCCUGUACUAUAUCCGCAGUUUCUGGUCAUCUCCUGUACUGUGUCCGCAGUCUCUGGUCAUCUCCUGUACUAUAUCCGCAGUCUCUGGUCAUCUCCUGUACUGUCCGCAGUCUCUGGUCAUCUCCUGUACUAUGUCCGCAGUCUCUGGUCAUCUCCUGUACUAUGUCUGCACUCCAUUGGUUCAGAAUAUUUAUUUUCUUGUUUUCCUCCUC